AUGCAUUGUUUCUGGCCAAUAACGGUGGACGCAGACUACGCUAUUCGUGUAACAGUCAAAACUCUUGAUUUCGGCGGUUGUGAAGCAUGUGGCGAUUUGCAGAUAUUUGAUGGUUUAACAAUAUCUAGUACAAAGCUGGGGGAAUGGACCAAGGGAAAACCAGAUCUGAUGUCAAGCGCAAAUCACGUGCUCAUCACGUUUAAGACAAAUCAGUUUGCCAAAACUGAUGGGCUGGAAGUGAAAUAUGAAAUAAUCAGGGUCGUUAAUCGUAUGUUUGAUAGUAUAUUUUUAAUUAAUUAAUUUGUUUUAUAUGUAGGCUAACAUUUUAAUUGAUUUAUAUAAUUUUAAAUAUAACUUUAAUACAAUUAAGCAGGUAGUGGUUGGUUGCCUUUCUUUGUUUCUUUGUUCAACAAUAAUUAUUUUUCAAGGAAAAUUAAAAUAAAUCACUAUGAUCAAGAGACUGUAAAUAUAUAAGGAAACAUGUAAAAAUUGCUUCGUAUUCCCUUGCUUUCUAGUUUGUCCACCAGAAUCUGCAGAAAACGAAGGAGAAAUUGAGACUUAUGGUUUUCCGCAAGACUAUCCAGGAAAUAUGGAGUGUUCCUGGAAACUUAAAGCACCUGAUAAUUACGUGAUAAGACUGACCAUAGGUUCUGUUUCGUUCCCGAAAUGCACCACUCCAGAAUUGGCUAGGGAUUAUAUUGACAUUUAUGAUGGUGACAAUGAAUUUGCGAAUAAAAUAGUUGAAAACUUUUCUCAGUGUUCAAAAGCCAAAAAUAUCGAUUUGGUUUCACGUACUAACCGGUUAUUUGUCGUGUUUAAAUCUAAGUCGUGGCGCGGGAGUAAAGGAUUUAAGGGAACCUACAAUUCAAUUUCUAAGGACAAAGGCAAGUAAUCCUUUCAUGCAAAGUAGUUGCUUUGUAACAAAAAACUUGGUUUUUAGAUGGGUGAAAGCCUCUCAUUUAGCAAAAGUGAAGAGGAGAGAAGCACAUCUUUGCUAGAGUGAUCAGGGAUUAUUGUAGGAAAAUGUUUAAAAAAACUGAAAAAUCAUAAAAAGAUUUUAAGCUAUGGUACAAACGGGUGUGGUAGUGGCGUUCCUCUCCGGGAACGAGAAAUAAGAAACGAGGAAUCUGUUUCUGUCGAGUUCCAAAAAGACUGAAAUAUAAACAUGCACAAUAGCCGCCAACAGGGACCCCUUCAGAGAUAUCAGAUCAUCUGGGAAAUUUAUUGAUUUGCUUUAUCUUAAAUCUUCGCCAGGUCAUUUUCCACCUUAUAAUCUCGCUAAAAUCUCGCUGUCUAAUUUGUCUUAAAAUUAUUUUCAUUUUUAUGUUAUAUAGUAUGUCCUGGGAGUGGAUUACUUCCCGCAAGUACAACAUUGGAAAAAUCAAUAAUUAGUCCAAAUGAUCGAGAUUAUUAUUUGGGUAACAUAAAAUGUUGGUGGUUAAUCCAAUCUGAAGCUGGAUCCGUUAUCAGGUUUAGCGUACAGAAAAUAGAUUUUCAGUACUGCAGAAACUGCGCAUGCGAUUAUAUUCAAAUAUAUGACGGUCCUUCGGAGCAAAGCAAGUCAUCGGGCAAAUGGUGUAAGAAUACUGCUGAUCUUCUUUCGAGUGGUCAAAGCAUGUAUAUUGUGAUGCGAACUGAUACGUUUUGGGCGUAUGAAGGUUUUAAAGCAAGUUACAAAGCUAUACCGGAAACGAACGGUAAUUAAAAUUUCAAGUUAUAUCCGGUUUUUGUAAGGUAAAGAUCAUAAAGACCAUUGAAACUGACAAAGUUUUCAAAUGGAAAUAACCGGCUUAAAAUCGCUAUUUUAAAACCCAUCUCAAUAUUUAGUUACUACCUUGUCUUUAGUUACUAGUGCACAUUCACUUUGUCUUUUAGUUUGUCCUGAAAGUGGGAAACGUGUCGAUUCUUCCGGAUCAAUACAAAGUCCAGGUUUUCCUGGUCAUUAUGAAGGCGGCUUAUUUUGUGAAUGGAAGAUUACUGCUAAUGUCGGCUACAAAGUUCAUAUAACUGCAGGGACAUUUAAUCUACAAGACUGCCCACGCUGCGAAUGCGACAAGAUUGCGAUAUACGAUGGUGAUUCUUCAGAACGUCGUGCUCUUGGUAAUUGGUGCACUUCUUCUCCUUUUAAUGUGAUUUCCAGCGGACGAAACCUGUAUGUAUUAUCUUCAGUAGCAAUUUUGAUGUCAUUGGUGGAGGAUUUAAGGCAACAUACGUCACAAUCAGAGAUGAGGAAGGUUUGUAUACCCAUAUAAAGUAGUUAACAUUAUACACAGUGCUGGAUUUAUUUAACCAUGUGGCAGAAGCGGCAUAUGCCACUGGCCCCCGUGCUUUUGGAGUUGCCGCGCUUACUCUUUUCGAAAUUUUUGUACCCUGUUUCGGCACGGGGCCCAAAUCAACAUAAUUAAUGCACAGCAGGUACAUACUUUUAAGUUAAUGCCUGUUUUUAAAUCUAAGUAUUGCAACAUAUUAUAUAAUGCAAUAUGUAGCUGUCAGUUUGUCAGAUGAUAUAAUUAUUGCUGAUAUUCAUUGUGUAAAAAGAAUUCUAUAUUAAGGUCAUGGUAACCGUUUCGGAUAAAGAUAUAGCAAAAAUUAUGUAAUCUUCUUGACAUUGUGCUAUAUGCACACUUUUAAUAUGUUAUUUGCUGUGUUGGUGUAGUGUACUCAGGUGAAUAUGAUAUUUGUGAUGUUACUCUGAGUGUGUAUCCACACCGGGCAAGCUUGAAAAACAUGAUUAUUAGAUUACACUGAUAUCGAAGGAACUAAACUCAGUUCCGAAAUAUCACAUACUCGAACCGACCUGACCGCGUAGCUCAGUUGGCAGAGCCUUGGGCUGGUAUUCCAAAGGUCGUAGGUUCGAUUCCCACCGUGGCCAGGCAUGUUUUUCAAGCUUUCCCGGUGUGGAUACACACUCAGAGUAACAUCACAAACAUAAUCUUGUAUGUUCUCCACGCACAUACUUUUUUUCCGGUGUGGAUAUACACUCAGAGUAACAUCACACGCAUCUUAUUCACCUGAGUACAUAACACCAAGACAGCAAAUAACACAGGUAACGUUUCAACGCAUGGAAUACAAAAUGAUAUUUUUAUAUUUUUGAAUCUUUUUGAAUAGGCAAUUCCAGCUUUUAAUUUAUGCGCGCAGGGGGUGAUGGGAAGUAAGGUAUCAUAUUGCUGAUUAUGCUGAAAAAUAUCAAUAAAAACUGCCGGAACAACCGAAAUAUUUCAAUAUGUACAAGUUUUAGCUAUCACUCCGUGUGUGCACGGCCACCAUUUUUAUUUUUUUAGCAUAAUCAAUAAUAUGAUACCUUACUUCCUAUCCCCCCUGCACGCAUAAACUACAAGCUGGAAUUGCCUAUUCCGUGUUUAAAACGCCGUUGGGGGAGGGGGGUCAAGGGGCCCCGCGCUGAUAAUAUACCACGGGCCCCGCGAAACGUUAAUCUGGCACUGAUUAUAGAGAUUGACCCAGAUUUGCCAUGAGGACCAACAACAUGAAAUUUAUUUUAUCAUGGAAAGUAUUUUCACGUCAUUGUUUUGUUGUGAAAAAAAAACCACCACGUUUGCUGCCGGUUUUCUUAUGAAAAAUAAUGCAGUGUUUCCCACAAAAACGAUCGAAGCAAACAAUUAAACAUAAUAAUUUGAAUUAUAUAAGGUAUGUACAGCAUUGUUUGCGUCGUUAGCUCUAUAACUUAUAAUCCUUGCUGAAGUUUUGAUAGCAGUAUGACGUCUUGAUGUCUGUUUCUUAUAUAGUAUGUCCAAUGUCAAAAGAAAGUGAUACCACUGGAACAAUAAAUACCAUUAAUUAUCCUAAUGCAUACCCUGGUAACCUGGAUUGUACAUGGGAUAUUCGUGGUUCAUCCGAAAACACCGUGAUCAAACUUGAUUUUAUCCCUGGUUCACAGUUUCUUUGUAACAAGGACAUGCUUCGAGUCUACGAUUCAGGUCCAGCAUCAGAAUUUAUUCCUUUUGAACCAUGGUGUAGCAAUAACCUCCCAAAGUUUAUAUUCAGUUCUGGUUCAAGAUUGAACGUAAAAUUUCAAACAGAUAGCAAAUCAAACCAGAAUGGCUUUAUGGCAACGUUUAGGUUCAUCAAAAAGAACGCAGGUACA